CCACUUCAAAAAUCGAAUUAAAAUUCAGUGAGUGGUGACAAAGUGAAAAAAAGAAAAAAAAACCGACGAGACUCGCGAAAGUCGAAACUCAAUCAGAGUCUCUGGCUCGAACACAGUACCUUCUAUACACAAAAUUCAUCGAUCUCUUCAUCUGAAUCAGCAUGAUGAAACCCUAGCUCUCUCUCCCCCUCUCUAUCUUUCUCUCUCUCUAAAACAUGGCGUUGAGAUCCAGCGGUCGCAAACUCUCAUUUGAAGUUCUGGGUGCCAAUUCUUUCACCGAGGACGAUGAUACCUUCAUUUACAGAUCGAAUUCUGAUCCUCCGCUUGGACAAAAUGGGGAGACAUCGAGAGCUUCACCUUCUGAAUUGAAGUCCAAUCGGCGUAAACGCAAGGCAAAGAAGAAGAAGAGCAAGAUCAUCCGACAAUGGUCGAUAUCGGAAGAUUCGGUUGUUGAUGAUCUAAGACAUACUCUAUUAGAGAACGGUUCUUCUAUCAAUGAAUUGGAGUUGAAUUGUAAUAAUUACAGUAUUCAGAGCGUUAUUUGUGAGGAAGUGACGGUGCCAGAAGAGAGUGUGGGGACUGUUUGUGCAACGCCUCCGGUUGCGAAACCGGAGUUUCAGAAUGUGCAUGGCAGUGAUGGAUAUUUGGUUGGGGAGUUGAGGCAGAGGACUGUUGUGAAUGGAAGUGGCGGAUGCGAGGAGGCAGUGUCUCGGACCGGUGAGAAUGCGAAGGAGAAGGAGAAGGAAAAGGAGGAGAGCCGUAGUAAGGAGUUGGAUUCGUCGUUGGGGAGACAACGGGUUGAACCGAGUGGCAAUGCUGCUAGGAAAUUGGAAACGGCUGAAUCAUUGGAUUGGAACCGUGUGAUGGCGGAAGAUCCAAAUUAUCAAUUUUCUGUGGAGAAGUCACCAGUGAAGUACUUUAUGGAAGAAAUGUAUGGCGGAAAUUCCUUGCGUAGUACAACUACUCUUGGCAACGAGAAAGAACGGGAAAGAGUAUAUGAUACUAUUUUUCGCUUACCAUGGCGAUGUGAACUGCUUAUAAAUGUUGGCUACUUUGUAUGCCUCGAUUCGUUUCUUUCGUUGUUGACUAUUAUGCCAGCAAGGCUUCUCUUGACCUUUUGGAGACUUCUAAAAACUAGGCAGUUCAAGAAGCCUUCCGCAGCAGAGCUGUCUGAUUUUGGCUGUUUUAUUGUACUGGUUUGUGGAGUUGCUCUUUUAGAACAAACAGAUAUCAGCUUAAUAUAUCACAUGAUUCGUGGUCAAGGAACGAUCAAACUUUAUGUGGUGUACAAUGUGUUGGAGAUUUUUGAUAAACUAUGCCAGAGUUUUGGCGGAGAUGUACUGCAAACCUUAUUUAAUUCUGCAGAGGGCCUUGGAAAUUGUUCACCAGAAACCACGAGAUAUUGGAUAUGGAGAUUUAUUUCUGAUGAAGCAUUAGCUGUGGCUUCUUCUAUUGUUCAUUCAUUUAUCUUAUUAGCUCAGGCGAUUACUUUGUCAACAUGUAUUGUUGCUCAUAAUAAUGCCCUGCUGGCUAUGCUGGUAUCAAACAAUUUCUCUGAGAUAAAAAGCAGCGUGUUUAAACGUUUUAGUAAGGAUAACAUUCACAGUCUGGUGUAUUAUGAUUCAAUUGAGAGGUUCCACAUUUCAGCAUUUAUCUUAUUUGUUUUAGCUCAAAAUAUUCUGGAAGCUGAAGGUCCUUGGUUUGAAAGUUUUCUUUUUAAUGCUCUCCUUGUUUAUAUUUGUGAAAUGAUGAUUGAUAUAAUCAAACAUUCAUUCAUUGCUAAAUUCAAUGACAUAAAGCCCAUUGCAUACUCUGAAUUUCUUGAGGAACUUUGCAAACAGACAUUGAAAAUUCAAACAGAGAACGGGAAGAAUAACCUCACUUUUGUUCCUCUGGCACCAGCUUGUGUGGUAAUCCGAGUGCUGAGUCCAGUAUAUACUGCUCAUCUCCCCUAUUGUCCCCUUCUAUGGAGGUUCUUCUGGAUUUUCCUCUUGUCCACCUUGACUUUUAUCAUGCUAGCAAGCGUCAAGAUAAUGAUAGGGUUGGGUCUUCAAAAACAUGCUACUUGGUACGUCAACAGGUGCCGGAAGAGAAAACUGCACACCGACUAAUUUAACAGAAGAAAAUAGAUUUGCAUGACAAAAGUCGAACUUGCUCUGGUGAAUGCUUAAGAAAUUACAUCAUUAAUACUGGACCAGCAGCAUGGUGGAUUGCCGAACAUGGCAUCGGAAUAGGGUAUUGGACCAGCAGCAUGGUGCUUAUCUGUUGGUGCUGAAAACAGCCCACUCUGGACCAUUAGAAUUGAGUUUCACUCGGUGCUUUCGCCCAAUUUUGUUUACGGAAGAGGUCAACUACUGAUUCCAAAAUAUUGUUGUGUAUACAAAGAGGUUAGAAGGAUUUGGUGUUUACCAAAACGAUAAUAUUUAUGUAUUAUGGAAAAGAAGUAUUAGUUUGUUUUGAACCUUUAGCCUACGGUCUUGUGCAUACUAUACUCGACCUCUGGAAUAAUAUGAUCAUUUCUUAUUUGCCUUUA